AUGCCUUGGUGGAAAACGGUCGCCGCCACGCUGUUGGCAGCCUCGUCGCAGGCAUGGGCCUCGACAGCGUGUCGCUGCUUUCCAGGCGAAAAAUGCUGGCCCUCCGAGACAACGUGGGCUCGGUUCAAUCGCACGGUCGAGGGCCAUUUGGUGAAGACUGUGCCAUUGGGUACACCUUGUCAUGCACCCAACUAUGAUGCUGUCACUUGUGCCACCCUCAAGUCUGGAUGGCUUCUUCCCGAGGAACAUUAUGACGACUCGUCGUCCGUGAUGGCCCCAUUCUUUGCCAAUGGCACCUGUGAUCCGUUCCAUCCCGUCUCCAAGCCUUGUCUGAUGGGCAAUUACGUGAGCUACAGUGUCGACGUUGGUCGUCCGGAGCAUAUAGCUGCUACGAUUCGAUUUGCUACAGAGCACAAUAUUCGUGUUGUCGUGAGGAACACCGGCCACGAUUAUAACGGUCGAUCUACAGGAGCUGGUGCCCUAGCUAUCUGGACCCAUCAUCUGAAAGACCUGUCGAUUCACGAUUACCAUGACCGCCAUUACCAGGGCAAAGCCAUCACUAUGGGCGCGGGGGUGCAAGGCUUCGAAGCGUAUGAGCUAGCAGAUGCCCAGGGGUAUCAGGUUGUCGGUGGUGAAUGUCCCACUGUCGGGUUGGCCGGCGGUUACUCUCAAGGUGGUGGUCAUUCUGCGCUGGCGUCGCGGUACGGCCUGGCAGCGGAUCAGGUGCUGCAAUGGAAAGUCGUCGAUGGCACAGGGCGAAUCAUGACUGCAACAAGAGAUAACGAACAUUCGGAUCUAUUCUGGGCGUUGAGCGGCGGAGGUGCUGGUACCUAUGGAGUUGUAUUCUCCAUGACCUCCAAGGCGUAUUCGGCGACUCCAGUCUCUGGUCUUAAUCUGACCUAUACUGCUGCUGGUCUCUCGUCGGAUGCCUUCUACGAGACCAUCGAAGUGUUUCAUACAGUUCUGCCUGCUCUCGUCGACGCCGGAGCAAUGUCCAUAUGGUACUACACCAACGCCUUUUUCUCCAUUUCGCCCAUCACUGCUCCGAACAUCCCAGUUUCCCAGCUGGUUGAGCUCCUCAGACCCUUCACCGACCACUUGGACCAGCUCAAGAUCAAGUACAGUAUGAGCGCGAACCAAUUCGACUCGUACUACGCCCAAUACAAGGGCAUGCAGGGCUUGAUCGAGGUAGGCACCGCCCAAUAUGGUGGCUGGCUCGUGCCCCGAUCCGUCGUUCAAGACAACAACAAGGCCUUGGUCAAGGCCUACCGCAAUAUCACCGAGAGCGGUGCUACCUUUAUUGGCGUGGGACUGAAUGUCUCCAAGAAAGUUGCCGGCAAUGUCCACAAUGCCGUUCUCCCUGCCUGGCGCGACGCACUGAUCGAUACUACUCUCACCACACCCUGGAAUUGGACGGACUCGGCCCUGAUGCUGGAAAGACAGCGCCAAAUGACAGAAGACUUCAUUCCUCAAUUGAGAGCUCUCUCUCCCGAAUCAGGUGCCUACAUGAAUGAGGGUGAUUUCCGUCAACCGGACUUUCAAAGUGUUUUCUACGGUCCCAACUAUGCGGCUCUUCGUAAGAUCAAGGCAAAAUACGAUCCGCACAAUAUCUUCUAUGGCAAGACUAACGUGGGCUCUGACGAGUGGCGCGAGCGCGAUGACGGGCGCCUCUGUCAAGUGUCCCAGUGGCAGGCGGAUUGGCCAGAAUUCGGCACGGUGGGAGCAUUGGAGCUGUAG